AUGGCAUCACCUGACACUCACCUGUGGCUCCUGGCCAUGCAGAAGCUCAAGUCCAUUAUUGACAGUGCAACAUGGAUCCUGGUUCCCCUACCAGACAGUCACCACGCCAUCAGCACCUGCUGGACCUUCAAGGUCAAGCACCUUGCAAGUGGUGCCCUUGACUGCCCAAAGGCUCACAUCAACUAUGACAAAACCUACACUCUGGUCAUCCAAAUGGAAGUCCUACGCCUACUGCUCACCUACACUGUGCUUCAUCAACUUGCUGUACACCUCAUGGAUGUCACUACAGUGUUCCUACACACCAACAUCAACAAAGAGAUAUAUGUCUGCCAACAUGAAGGCUUUGUUGACACUGAACACCCCAACUGGGUCUGCAGGCUCAACAAAAGCCUGUACAGUCUGAAACAAGCUCCCCUCCUGUUCCUGUGGAACCACAUGUGUCUACAUUCAGUGCAAGGGGGGAACCUGGCAAUCAUCUCCAUAUAUGUCAAUGACUGCCUCAUCAUCACCAAACCUGCCAUCAAGAAUAUCCUAUCCAACAAGUUAACCAUGAAGGACCUCAGCAUUGCCAUAUCAAUCCUCAGCAUCAAUAUCAACUACAACCACAUCAGCAGACUCAUGCAACUCCACCAAUAUGGUCACAUCAACAAGCUCCUGUAG